CCCGGCCUCAGCCCCGGCGGCGGGCGUCCUGCCGGGGGCCCGGGGGCCGGGCGGGCGGAGCUGCGGGUUUCGGUGAUCCCGCCGGGGACAGGCCCGGCCCUGUGUGAGGGCGGUUCCUGUGCCAGGGCACCGGCAGGGCUCAUGCCCCGCUCUGCGGCCCGGCUGAAGCCUGCGGGCAGGGCCCUUCCUCGCUGGUGCUGCCUGGCCGGGAGGGUGGCCUGUCCCCGCCGCCUCAUCUCUCCGGUUUCCCUGUUUAAAAGAGAGAAACCUGCCAAGCCACGGCUCUUUCUUCAAAACUUAUUCCCGAGGAGACAUUCAUAUUAGGAAAUGGCAGAAGCAGUUUUUCAUCCCCCAAGAAGGAAAAGAAGAGUUUUUGAGUCAUAUCAGGCUCCCUUUCCUGUGGAUGUAGGUGGAAAGGAUUUCAGAAUAUGCCAGGCUGAAAUCAUUAACAACAAUGUUAUUGUGACGAACCCUGAAGAUAUUGAACAGCUUUAUAACAAGGGCUAUUUUGGAAAAGGUAUCCUUUCAAGAAGUCGACCGGUGUACAGCAUUUCAGAUCCUUUACUGGUUACUAAGUGGCAAGGUGCUAACAUAAACAUGCCUAUAAUUGGAUCAAAAAAGUACCAGUGUCAUGUUCAGUGGGCUAAAAGUGUUUUGCAACAGCAAGGAUUGGAUGACUGCUCAAUUACCAAAAUUAUUGAAAAUUACACUAAGCCUCUUGAGCUGCCAUUUUUGGAAGAGGAUGAAGCUGAGCAAACCAGAACAGGCCCAAAUACCGAAAAUACAGAAGUUUCCAGACAGUGUUCUACAGCUACUGGAAAUGUAGUAGCCCUAAGUCCUGAGAACCAGAAUGAAGGCUACAAGAAAGCCUGUUUGGAAGCAGAUGCAGCAUUUGAACCUGCGGCCGCACGUAGCUCUGAAGAACAGGAACAGGGUGACUUGAAAGAGAUAGCUGAAGCGUCUUGCCAGAAGCAUGGCUUUCUCGUGCAUUGCGGCUGCAAGGCUAAGGAGAGCACUGAGCACAGAUCUUGUGAGAUGAUCAAGUCAAAAGAAUGUGCUCCAGAGUAUGUAUUGGUGCAAGAGGAAGAGGAAGGUAGCUUAUGUCCUGCAGAUGACUCUGCUCAUGCGCAAGAAGAUCUUUUCAAGAAGGAAAAACUAGUAUGCAGAAGAAAUCCAUUUAGGAUUUUUGAAUAUUUACAACUCAGCUUGGAAGAGGCUUUUUUCUUGGUGUAUGCUCUGGGAUGUUUAAGUAUUUAUUAUGGUGAGGAGCCCCUAACUAUUCUGAAGCUCUGGGAAGUUUUCAGCGAAGUGAAGCCCAAUUUUAAAACUACCUACAUGGCGUAUCACUACUUCCGCAGUAAGGGUUGGGUUCCCAAAGUUGGACUGAAGUACGGAACUGAUCUCUUGCUGUAUCGAAAAGGUCCCCCCUUCUAUCAUGCAAGUUACUCUGUCAUUGCCGAAUUAGUUGAUGAUAAUUUUGAAGGUUCUCUUCGCAGACCACUCAGCUGGAAGUCCUUGUCUGGGUUGAACAGAACAACUGUUAAUGCUUCUAAGGAACUUAUGUUAUGCUAUUUGAUUAGACCAUCUGACAUGACUGAAGAAGAGAUGUCAACACCCGAAUGUAUGAAAAGAAUUAAGGUUCAGGAACUGAUUGUAUCUCGUUGGGUUUCUUCCCGUGAGCGCAAUGAGCAAGAUGAACUUUAACUGACUGUAUAGGAAAAAAACUUACUUUUUUUAUUACUAGUUCUUCCUGGUUUUUCACCUGAUCCUUCUCAUGGUGAACCAUUGUCUCCGAACAGUUUCUAUCGACAUACUCAGUUGGUAUUUAAAAUGAGGUAUAUAUCCCGUUUACUGGAGAGAAUAUUGUAUUGAAAAACGUAACUGAACUAUAGUAAUGCAUAUGAAGAGGAAAAAAAAAAAUGAAAGCUGUGUCCCAACUCAAAAUACUUGUUUCCUUAAAAGCUUACAAGCCUGUAUGUUUGAAUGGUGGCUAGUCUGCAGUGACGUGAUGGUAUUUUUAAUGUUCUGACAGAUCCAGGCAUUAGUGCUGAACAGACAGUACAGCCUGCAGGCCACUGAAGUCCCAAAAACCUGAAUGUCUGCCUGAAAUCCCAAGCGAUGAGGGAUCUAACAGUUUUCUGGGAAUACCUCACAGAUUCUUCAGAGUUGAACUUGGGAAUUGUAAGGCUAAUUUCGUUUUGUACCUCAGCACAGGGUCCUACAUUUCUUCAGAAGUGAGGACUUAAACUUGACAGUCCUCAAGUUUAUUACAGUGAGUCAGAUAACCUUUUGGCAUACCUAUGGCACCGUUCUUCUACAGACAAAACCUGACUUUAUAACCUUAAUGAAGUUGCAGGAGCUUAGAUUUGGGGAGAGAUUUGGUUGUUGCAAUACUGAGCAUUGCUGUUGGGUGCCUAGACCAUCGGAUUCAGUAGCUUAUUUUCACAAGCACUGCUCAGAAAUGAGGAACUCUUCCCAGAACGUGCAAGGAUUUAAAUUAAUUCUGGGGUCUAAGCACAUAGCAGCCAAGUUAGGUGUUAGGCACCUUUCCCCAGUUGAGUAAGAUGUCUUUAUUCCUUUGGGAUUUGCAGCAUAGGAUUCCUCCUUGACAGUAAGGACCUCAUCUUGCCCCCUGACAGCAAGAUGCCCCGGCCACAGGUUGAUGACCUUUACUUUUGUUGAAGAUGAGUUACUGUGAAGAAAAUAAUGAAGAUUUGCUGAACUAGCGAGAGGAAAUCAUCCUCUCUAGCUUGGCAAGUGUAAGUCUAUUUCAUCACUGCUUUUUUCGCUUUUAUCCAGCAACUACAACAGUCUAUAUUUUUUUUUUUUUCAUACUGCACUCUUAGCUCUCUUUGCCCUGGCCUAUCACGGGUUGCAAAACAGACUGGGAGACACCGCUGCAUUUUGUAUAGAGGUAUGGGACAGUGCUGAGCAGUUUUGUCUUGGUACACUAGGUGCCUGCAAUUUUUAAUUUUUUGAUAAGAUUUAAUCAUCUAGAUUGCAGUUUCUUAAAUAGGAUGUUUACUAUUGCUAAACCGCAUUUGGAAAACAAACCAACCCACCCAGCAGGUAUUCAGCUGUCUUUCAGGUAGAGCCAGGAUGUUUAAGUAUCAGCUACUCUGCAUCUUAAGUAUCACUACUUCAGAUUCAGGUUUGAAUUCCAUCUUAGUGUUUGAACAACAGGCUUCCUUGCCUCACUGCGCUGCUAAGAUUUUUAUUUUUCUUUUCCCCUGUGUUGUGAGAGAACACAUUUGCUACAGCAGUAAGGAUACAUUAUAGCUGGGGACAGUUACACUGCUCUGGACUUUCUUCCUGCUGUUUUCAUUCACGAGAAAAGGGGGCUUGCCUCCUGGGCACAGGAAAUUUUUCAGAGCUGGUAAAAUUGUGUCAACACAGAUUAUUCCCACCAAACACAAACCCACACUCUUGUUUACUUAGUUUAGAUUGUAAAGCCACGUCAUGAAUGUAAGAAACUACAUACAACUCAAAGUGGAAGAUCUUCUAGCGUUUGCUUUCAUUUAAUACAACUUCUACCGGAAAGAUGUAAAAUGAUAAUGUUGAUUGCAUCAUAGCUUUUUCAAGCUGAACAGGCAUGAUUGUGUUGACUGUAUGGGGCAAGGUGUCCUGGCUGCAGAUGACUGUACUUCAUGUUUCAGUACCGUUGUAUCAAAUAACUUACACUAGAGCACUGAUACUUGCCAUUGUAUUAUUUUCCCAAUUAAAAUACGGUACUUACAAGAA